CUGAGAAUAAAUGUAUCACACAGGCAGCUCCUCUCCCAGUCGCGCCGAAGCCAAAAUGCCCGGUCUUGCUCUCCUCUUCGCCCUCGUCGUCCUUCGUUCCUGCGAGGGCGCGGCCAACAACGCCCUGGGAGCCCUUCCCUGCCCCGACCCCGAGGACAUUUAUCCCUGCGUCUGCACCGUAGGCACCGAGAACCACAUGACCAUGGACUGCUCGCAUGUGGCCAGCGAGGACGAGCUGGCCCGCGUCUUCUCCUCGAACCUCCCGUUCACGAAGUUCCACCGCCUGAUGAUCGAAGGGAACCAGAAACUGCGCAUCUUGAGGGAGGGAGAUCUCGGGCCGGUGUCUUUCGCGAUCAUCAAGAUAACGUCGGGUUUUCUUGAAGAAGUCCAAGGCGGCGCCCUUGCUGGGAGCCACACGACAGCUGAUACCAUAGACCUGUCAGGCAACCCGCUGUCGGUGUGGCCCUUCUACGAACUGCCUCUCAGCCAUUCCUGCAUUGCGGUCCGACAGUCUGCAGAACAUUCAUUUGGGACAUAAUCAGAUAAACGAAAUUGCUGCUGAUUGUUUUCACGGACUUGAAAACAUAGAUAUAGAAACGAUUUUUCCAGAAACCUUUGCGAAUCUUCCGCUACUCAACAACGUAGAUCUUCAUGCUAACAGUCUAGGCAGCAUCCCAAAGGGCGCAAUAGCAUUCAGCAGCACACGCGAUGGAAUUGUGAACUUGAUAUUUAACGUCAUCAGCAGUAUUGAAAUUGAUGCUAUUACAGGUCUCAAUGCCGGGGAGUUGUUACUUACGGGAAACUCACUCUCGGUUCUGGAGGAGGAGGUAUUCCGGCCCAUACUUGAAGGAGGAGCUGUUGUCUACCUGGGUGACAACCCUCUUCGCUGCGGCUGUGACGUCGCCUGGCUCGUCACAGACCCCGUCCUCUUGGGACUCACGUGGGAAGCCACCUGCUCCGACGGCGAGGCGCUGGAGAAUCUCGAUCCAAGCAUCUUCGAAGACCUGUGUUAGCUGUGCAUUCGCCCGGUGCUCUUCUCUCGCUUUCUCUUUCUGAUUCGUCUGUCUCUCUCUCUUCACCAAUUUGUCUGCCUUUCCCUCUGUUCCUCUAUCCUUUUCGAUAUUGGAAAAAU